AUGGCGACAGAGGGCGCUUCUACCUCCAAAUCGAUCAACGAUAUGUUGAACGAUGUCCGCAAGGCCGCAGUUCAGGUCAAAGAUAGCAAGGCCAAGGGGGAGAAUGUCAGCGAGGACGAUGCAAGACUGCUCGAAGCUGUAAAUGCCCUAGCCCGAGAGCGAGACGCGCUACAGACACCUGAGCAGCCGCCAGCAGAAACCAAUGCAGAAUUAAGCGACGAUCAACUCGAGCGGCUGCAGAGGGUGGGGAGGUUGGUUGAGAGGGAGAAGAGGAACACCACUGAGCCUUGA